AUAAUCCUAAUUUGUGGUAACAAGUAGCGGUUUCGUAUCUUCCUGUGUUGGUUUGGUUAUGUUAUGUUAAGCCCAGAAAUAUCCGAUCCGAUUUGCUGAUAUAACCGACAAGUGCUAGAUCACGUAAACAAACUAGUCUCAAUUUUCUCAUGGGCUUUAUCGACGAUGAAUUGCAAGAAGUAUCAAAACUCUGUAAAAAUGUCGUCGACGGUAGCCGUCUCGUUUCCUGUGUGCGCACAAUGGUGCGAGUGGAAAUAACGAAAACAACGUUCAAAACGAUUGUUGCGUGCAUUCAGUUUCCAGAGGACUAUCCACGUACGCCACUGUUAAUAGAAUUGAAAAGUAAAACUCUGUCCGCAAAGUUAUUGGAUGGCCUAACAGAAGUUUGCGAGAAGGAAUGCAAGAAACUCUUAGGCAAGGCACAGAUUCUUCCAAUAUUAAAAUUAAUCCGUAACUUCAUUGAUGAGAAUCCUUUGAUAUGCUGUUAUGAUGAAAUUUCUGCCUUAAAGAAGAUUCUAGAAAAUGACGACGAAUUGAAAUUGAAACAGAAAUAUUCUAGUAUCGGCCUAAAGAUUCAGCAGGGAUUGUAUUACUUCAAAGCCAAAAUUGAAGUACCAGAUGACUACCCAAAUGCUUGCGUAAAAUUAGAAGAUGCAGACUCCAAUUUCCCUCCAUUAUUUACACGCUACUUUUUGGGACAAGGAAGAGAGUUCGCUAGACAGUGCGUAGAGGCACCAUUGAAAAAGCAAUUACAGAAAACCCCUUUCACGCCAUCGCCGUCCUUAAAUACAGUUACUUCCUUUCUUAUAAGAGCUGUAAAGACUUUACCACAAGAACAUUGUCAGUUAUGCAGAGAAUUAUGUCUACCAGAGAAUCCAGAAAAAGCAGAGAACAACGAAAAUGCAGAUAUGCACGUAGAAAGACUUUAUUGUGGGCAUUUAUUUCAUUUGCAAUGUCUUGUGACAUUCAUGAAGACUCCUCCAUUCCAUGGGGGUAAAAAGUGUCCUACAUGUGGAAAACGUAUCUACCAUGACAAGUGGGGACUAAGUGACAAACUUGCAGAGGAUCGCUGGGCACACCAUCAAGCACGAGCGAGAGAGUUAGCAGAAGUAGCUGAUUUCUUCAAUUGAAAUGUAUACUUCAUUCGAGUUGUAUAUUGAAAACCUGCAAUGUUCUUGCGGUAAAUGUAACAACAAGUCUCAGCUAACGUAUUGCCACGAAAAGAUAAACGAGGUGAUAUUACAAUACUAAACUUUUAAGAAAUUAUUUGUAAUUAAACGUGUUGUAAGUAAUAUUCAAGAAUGAAUAUUUAUAGGUCAGUUAAAGAGAAGGUAUUUUUAAUACCGUAAAGUAUACUAUAAUACACUGAAGUUUAUAUUUAUAUUGCACUUUAUAACAGAUCGCUUGACAUGGUGCUAAUAAUAUCAAGCAGUUGCUAAUUGUCAGUCAUUUCAUUUAUAUUAUAUUAUAAAAGUUCGCAAUAUAUCGUUUUAUCCAACUUGACAAAUUUAUUAACCAAAUAAGUUUUCCAAGUGUCGUGCAAUUAAUGAUAAUACAAAAGAAACAUAGAUUAUGUGGUAAGUUUUGUAUCUUGUAUCUGAAUUUGUAUCUGAAACUACUUUUACAAUUGAUUUUGUAUUAUGCCAAUGGCAAAUGUGAAAUAGAAAUCUGUGUUCCAUUAAAGUGUUUAGGAAAAUUAAUCAAGAUGUUCGUAAUUAACGUAUAUUGAAAAACUUUACCGUUUGUUGGCUGAAUGCUUGCAUAUUCUAUGUAGGAUGCACGUUUUAGUGUUCUUCGGUACUUGUUAAUCACUUGUUAUAAAUAAUCAACCCACGCUGUCGCUGCACAAGACGAACUUCGAAUGCCAAGCACAUUCUCGAUGUGAAAAAAGCGCGGUAUAUUCGAACACUGAUUCAAGCGCCACUCGCGGUACACAAGAGUCAGUCGAUAAUAUCGAUAUCACUAAAUACAAACUUUUAAUGUUCUAUAAUUAAUAUUAACUUUGGAAACUGGUUACUUUUAACCGUACAGUUUCAAAAUAAUUAAUUUUUACGAAUUAAAUGAAGUGUUAUACGGAACUUUUAAUCGUGUGUGUGCGAUUCUCGAUACAUGUGAUCGAAAUUGUGUGUCAAGUAAAAUAACAUUAUUAAUUAAAAUAUAAACAAAUGUACAGUGUUUUUUGCAUUU